AAAUGUAAUAUAGUGAAAGACAUGUGGUUUGAACCGAAAGCCAUAGGAAAACCAAGACAUCAUAGACUUAUCGCGCUAGGGCAUGGCAUAACAGAUAUAAAUAGAUAUCCUAAUCUGUAAAUAGAAUAAACGGGCCGCGCCUCGAUCAGUUUGAGCUUAGAACGCGAGGCAAAAGGAACCGGAUUUCUUACAGGUCUGUGUUUUUAAAGAUGGAAGGCGAAGAUGCGGAUUGGCAAAUCCAGCUAGAUAAGGUUGUAGACCGUGGCUAUUACAUCCUUAAAAAUUCCUUUUGGACGGAUUGCGUGUUCGUCGUUGGAAACGACGAAAACAAAAAGGAGUUCAAGGCGCAUAAACUCUUCUUGUCCAUGUCGAGCCCGGUUUUCGAGAAAAUGUUCACGAACCGAUUUAUAGAGGAAAAAGCAGACGUCCACGUCGUCGACAUACAGCCGGAAGCCUUCGGAGCGAUGCUGAAGUAUAUUUACACGGAUAAAGUAGAAAUCGAAUCUUUCGACCAGGCCUGUGAACUGUGCUACGUAGCCAAAAAAUAUAUGAUUCAUAAUCUCUUGAAACAGUGCACGGCUUACGUUCUGAAGGACGUUAACGUGACGAACGUCUGCAGAGGUUAUGAGUUCGCUAAGCUGUUCGAUCAAGUCGAGCUAAUGGAAAAAUGUGAAAAUGUGAUUUGCGAAAAGACUUCUUCGGUCCUAUCGACACCUAGUUUUCUAGAAGCUCAAAUUUCCACUGUGAUGAUGAUAUUGGACGAGAAAAAGCUGAGCGUUACAGAGGUUGAGCUUUUCAAAGCUGUGGAGCUUUGGACGAAAGCGGAAUUUACAAGACGAGGAAUUCUCGGCGAUGAGUUUGCAGACGAGCAGCAAAAAAUCUAUGACCAGAUAGUACCGAAGAUCUGCUUUUUGAACAUGAACGCUAGAGAUUUUGCCGACGGUCCAGCUCUGAGCCCUCUUUUGAAGCCGGACCAGUCUUUCGCCAUCCUUCUCAAUCUGACGGCUUCGAACAGUUCUUGCCCUCUGCCCAACGGCUUUUCGACUAUGCUCAGGGACCGCAUGGUGAGCAGUUUCGGAGAAUCCUACUGCCUGGACUGGCCGUGUUACAGACUGGAGAAGCACACCGUAUUCCAGAACACGGACAGUUACGUCUCCUUCUCCUGUGAUAAAGACAUCACGCUCAAGGGCGUCAUGGUAUUAACUAAAAUCGCUACAUUCAAUCGGGAUGAAUAUGAAAAUGUCGAAAUUUACCUGCACGACUGGACCACCAACACGACUCACAGGGCGACCUUCAACGGGGUGUGCGAAAACGAAAAAAUACUAAGGGUCUAUUUUCCAAAUAACAUACAGACCUGCAGAGGAAGAGCUUACAAAGUAGGCCUGAUCCUGAAAAACUCUGGGCAGUACACAGGCAGGUUUCUGAACACGUCGGAGUUCGUCUUUAAAUCCUGUACCUUCAAAUUGAUCGAAAAUCGCCUACCUAUUUACAUGCAGGGGAUAAUCUUUUCCGACUGAAUUUUAACAAAUGACUAAUAAACAACCCCCGGCUUUUAUUGUU